AUGGAGGCACUUGCCGCCGUCAGCCUCGCUGGAAACAUCUUACAAUUUGUCCACACGGCGAAACAGUUGGUGUCAGUAAGCCGAGAAAUACUUGACUUUGGAGCGAAGAGCGAGUAUAUCGAAUUGCAAGUAAUCUGCAAAGAUUUGCAAGCUCGAGCAGACCGUAUCAGAGUACCCAAGAAUGCCGAGGCUGUCGCGCUGGACGCUAAUGAUGAAUCUAUGGUGGGGCUGGCUGUACAAUGCAAAUAUCUCACAGAGCGGCUCCUCGGCGUCUUGGAAAAACUGGGAUCCAAAGAUGGAAACAAUAAGUGGAAGACCUUUCUUCAGGCACUGAAAACACAAUGGCAUGACAGUGAGAUUGAAGACCUACGUAAGAGACUGGACCGUAUUGGGCAGGCAGUGCAGGCGCGUCUAGCACGAGACGAAUACGAUUCCAUCAAGCAGCGCCUUGAUGCGCUCCUUGUAAGCAAUGAGCAGAUGGAGAUUACAAGAGCGCGGGAUAUUAUAGCCUUGCAAGUCAAUUUCAAGAGGGCUUUAAGUCAAACCGACGAAGAGACAUCGGCGGAAUCGUUCUGUCAGAUCGCGUCAGAAGGCUUGAAUUACACCGCGGAACAGAUUAUACUCACCAAGGUACGAUUUCCUCGAUUAGAAGAUCGCUACUCUUCCAUCUCCGCCGCUCACCGCAAAACCUUGGCAUGGUUGUUUGGCACCGGCAAUACGCAGGGACGACAAGUCUCAGCUGCAACAUUCGUUGAAUGGUUACGGUCCGGUGAUAAAAUUUACUGGAUUUCUGGACGUCCUGGCUCUGGGAAGUCCACUCUCAUGAAGUUCUUAUGCACUCAUCCGGAGACGACAGAGCACCUGGAGGCUUGGGCUAAAGGAGACGAAGUCAUCAUCGCGGAGUAUUUUUUCUGGAAUGCAGGGAAAAACCGUCUUCAGAAAUCGCAAGAGGGUUUGUUGCGUUCGAUCAUAUACCAGAUCCUACGCCAACGUCCAGAAUAUAUACGCCUAGUGUUUCCAGGGGUAUGGAGUGUGUACGACACGGAUAAUACUAGACCCUCCGCUUCUGAGGGUUCGGGCGUGGACCCCGAGUUACCUGUAGAUGAGGAAGGAUGGUUCAACGCACUAAAGUGUACAUGCAAGCUCUUGACCCAGUCAGGUAAACGGCUCUUCCUAUUCAUCGAUGGCUUGGAUGAAUUCGAAGGCAACAAACUUGACAUUAUUAGCCUAAUUCAAGAUUUGAGGUCCCUUGACCUUGUGAAGCUUUGCGUUUCCAGUCGCCAAUGGAAUGAAUUUGAGGACGCAUAUGGUCGAAAAGGCACAUCGAAACUUUACAUGCAAGACUUCAACGAUGAAGAUAUCAGCUCUUAUAUAGACGAUACAUUCUCUCAUGACGAGAACUAUAAAGAGCUGGAGGACACAGAGACGCGUGGACGAGCUCUGGUUGAAGAGAUAGUUUCCAGGUCGAAUGGUGUCUUCCUAUGGGUAAUCCUAGUGGUCCGCUCCUUCCAAGAGGGCCUCAGGGAAGGAGACAGCAUCACGCGUUUACAGAAACGGCUUCAAGAACUGCCGACAGAACUGGAAGAGUAUUUUGAGAGAAUCUUGUUCCACGACGUAAAACAAGCCUAUCGUGACCAGGCCGCACAGAUGUUCUUCAUUACCCUGGAGGCAAAGGAAAACCUUCCUCUCAUGGCAUAUUGGUUCUUGGACGAGCCAGAACUCCCGGCUGAACGUCGACCGCUAAAAAUGCAGCAAACGGCCAAGCGCCAUAAAGACGCGAAAAAAAGACUGAUUGCCAGUUGCAAGGGACUUUUGGAGCCUCAUUUUCCACAGACGAGCAGUCAACAGGGCUCGCUACCCUCAGCUGUCUUGUUUGAGUACAAGGUGGAUUUUCUGCAUCGCACCGUACGAGACUACCUGGCUCUACCUACUACAAACAUCCGGAACUGGGCGCCUAAGGAUUUCGACCCACAUGAGGCCAUUUGCAAAGUCCUCUUCGCACAGGUCAAAACAGCCCCUCAGGGUCCCGAAUAUGGACCUCAAGUUUCGGCUCUAUGCAGAAUAUUCGAUCACCACGCCAGAGCUGUACUCAGCUCAGAGAAAAGAUGUGAUUUGGUACUAGAACUAUCGACUGAACUUCACACAAUCGAAGAUUCGUAUAGCUCGAAUAUUCCCGCGUCGUCAAAUGCUCGGACUGACGAACACAAACCGGUUGUGGUGGGGAUAACUGCCGGCAAACAGAAGAUACCUAUGAUAGUGGAGCCUACUAACGUCAAAGUCUCACCUGUGCGUCCAUCAUCAUUGAAGCGUUUGGCUUCUAAGCUGAGCCGCAAGAAGUCGAAAUCUGGAACGGAUCUUUGA